AGCGAAGUGAUUAAAAACGGGAAGUAAAAAAUGUAGUUGAUUCCUCCUCUCCUCGAUCCAACAGAAUCCGGUGUAUAUUCGCUCCUUCUCCCCUGCCAAUUUGAGAUCUAGUCCACGGAUUAGAUGUGGCAGCUGAGAAGGAAUGACUGCGAUUAACAAAGGAAACGUUCUUUGUAACGGGAAUGGAAGCACACUGCGGCCGCUUCGUCUUCUCUGGGGAGUCGACGGUGGGGAGUAUCGGGCUUUCUCGCGGCUCCGAUUUUGCAGAGAAUAGAGCAUGUGCUUCAAUUUCGUCGAAAAGAAAAAACGGGAUUUCCAUGGGAAAUCUUUCUUCAUCACUCUCCAGCCGUCGUGCCGUCCGUUCAGCGGCUUCGGAGAUGGAAAAUCGGUUGUCGCCACCUGCUCCCGCUGGUUUCCUUUCAUUGAUUCGGAGAUGGAAGGUGGUUAAUUGGGGAUUGAAUGAAAAGGGGAAAGAGCUCUCGAGAGUGAGAGAGAAGCAAGAAGGUUUGGUAGGUAGGGCCCACCAUUUUUUUUUAAGGGUGUGACUGAUUAGGUGCAACUAUUUCUUUAUGAGCUCAUGACAUCUGACAAACUAAAAGUCAUAUGAACGGCAACACUUGAUCUGCCCAAAAUUAAUAAACAUGUGCUCACAUGAACUGUACCGCAGGGAAUCACCCAGCCUCUCCCGUGAACAGUAACGCGACUUUUUUGUAAUGAACACUGUUUUUCAAUUUUUGGUAAUUUUUUAUGUUCGUGGCUUAAUCAUUCUAAUAAUAAUGUAAAGUCCAU